AUGUAUGUUCAAGAAGUAGAAGACCUGAAGGCUGAAUGUUCAAGAGGAGAUUUCCUUGCCAAGGUAUUUGAAAACUUAAGCAUUUCAAUCCAGAGCUGAACACUCUUUAAAACCCAGUCAACUCAUUUGUGCUUGGAUUUGCAUGGAUGAAGGGCUAGCACUCCCAACAUAAUCUCUUGAAUACUUUUAUGAUAGCUCGUCUAAGCUGUCCUCUCAAUCAGGGCGGAUAAAGGUUGGGCGGUGAAACGAGCGCGUCCGAGCAAAAAGGUGUGAUGCAGUGGACUGGGACUCUGCUUAGAAAUGUCGCUUGUUUCCGACUUCGGUCAGGGCUUGCGAUGUGGUUUAUACAUUAGACACUGCCGCUGUCACUGAAUUAUAGCGGCUUGAUUUGUUUUCUUGCACUUCUUCCUCGUUCGUUUGUGCUGUUACGCUGUCUCCGAGAGGCAAAUGUUGCCAUUUUUUGUGGGAGGUUAGUUGGAGUAGACAAACAUCUCUUUCAAAGGGUUUCUUUUAUUACAUUCAUGACUUUACCACUGAAUUAUAUUUUCGUUUUGCUACUCGCCAAUGUCGAUGUUAUUCCAAAACAAAAACUGCUAAGUACUGUCUAAAACACGAAGGAAAAUCUCAUCCAUGUCAUCCAUGGCAAAACUAAAAGACAGCAGAUCGUGCUUCAUAACUAGAUGACGUGUAUUUUAUAAAUGCGUGCAGCUCGUGCAAGGUGAAAUUAUGCUAAUUUAAAUCACCAUCAUCGUUCUUUUUAAUUUUGAAAAAAACAUCUCAUACGUCUUUCUGUUUCUUCGAAACUUCAAAAUUACUUUCCCCUCAGUUUUUACUGUUUACCUUGUUUUGUUUUAGAGAGAAAAACGGAGAAAAAACCUUACAACUAACCUCAAUAAAUUUUGUUUACAUGCGGUUGCCGGAUUUGCAACGCAUUGCGCGAAUCGCCAUGGCGCGUUGCACCCGAGAAGCAAAGUUUGAAGAAGUACAACGCCACUAUAUCAAUAUAUAUCAAUCUAAUUUUUUGUUAUGUUAUACAAAAUUUAUCCCCCUUUAACAUAUGUAAAAAUUGAGGUUAAGAAGUGUUAAGCUUUUGCAAACGAAACGGCGAAAGACGACUAGGUGAUAUUUAGUGGAAGGAAGAGGUAUUCAACACUUUCAAAUUAAACUCAAAUUUUGGCAUUAUAGGACCAACAAGUUUGACUUAUAGACGUACAGACACAAACAUAUGAAACUGUUUAUUGAUAUUGUUUUGAAACGAAUUUAUCUAUUUAACAUUAUAGCCUGAAAUUACAGAAAGAAAAGAGGAUUUCCGGUUUGCAAAAAGAAAAAUUUCGCCGGCCUUCAAGCGCACCGGAAGCGCGGAAAGAGCGCUCGUGCCAGUCCUACUCCGCAUCACACAUUAAAUGAAGAGCGGAGCGCUCGUUUCACCGCCCAACCUUUAUCCGCCCUGCUCUCAAUUGUUGAAACCAGUUCUUGUGUUCCAUUAUCACACAAAUGCAGCAGAAAGUUUAUUUAAAAUCCUUCCUUUUCAUUUACUUAUACCUUAGAUUAGACCUUAUAUAGAUUUAGGGAGGGCUAAAAGCGAAGCUUCCGUUUAUAUACUUCUCAUAAAAGUAGCAAACUUUAAACUUAUUAACUUAAAGCCAUGACAAAGAAAUAUUCAAAUCCCUACUUGACAUUUGGAGCCUUUCAUUUACCUUUUGAGGAGAAAAUAUCCCACAAACACCACUGAAAUGAAUAGACUCUCCCAUCGAGCUCAAAGCUAGGCUUCUGUUAUUUAAAUUAUUGCACUAAAUGGUGGCAUAUUUUACAGUUACAAAAUUAGGAAAAUGAUCAGUAUUAGACGGCAGGGUGGAAAAUGAUCGAUUUGAACGUGUACAGUAAGCCGAAGAUAAGUGAACAAUACUGCUUUGAAUUAAAGGGAAGAUUGGGUUGUCAGGGCAAAUUCUUUUUACAUAAUGUGACACAAGCAUCUUUUCGACUUUGCUUUAAGUUCGCCAUCCCUGCCUUAGCCAGUGCUUCUUCGUAUGAAGUAAAGAGAUAAAUAGCGCAGAGGGCGCGCUUCUGGAUUUUCUCCAUGUCAUUAGCGAGAUAAUUGGGAAGAUAAGCCAAAUCAGCAGCUGCUUAUUCAAGUACCGAUCUGACAAGCUAACAGUAGACAAUAACAAUAAUACGUAUAUUUAGCCAGGGCUAAAAGCGAAACUCCCAUUAAUAAAUUUGAAAUUUAAAUCAAACAAUAAACUUGUAUUCCACAAAUCAGUUAACUUUGGAGCACAUUCAUUUGACUUUGAGGGAUGGAAAGUUAAGUAAUUUUAUAGAAAAAUAAUUUGCAAACAGUCCAAGAGUGAACCAAAUCUUACAUGGAGUUGAUAGCCUAUAUGUACACCCAAAAAAUAGCGAUCAUGUUCGAUCACAUUUAAGAGCCAUAAUGACAGGGUUGUCACUAAGGGCCGGAGGCCGGGGAUUUCCCCAUGGCUACUCAGAGCAUGGCCCCCGGCUACUUUCGUCGUUCAAUUAAACCAAAAGAGCACACCUUUGAAACACACAAAGAUUAAUGUAUCCAUCAAACUAAAUGCAAGUUUCAUCUGCAGCAGGUUUAAGUAAUUUUGAAAUACUCGCGUGCAAACACUAAGAAAUGUCGGGAAAAUACAUCUGACUUAGAUUUGGUAGUAGUACACACGCGCGUAGGGGAGUUUUAGCAACGACGACGGCGAAGGCAACGAGAACGUCAAAAAAGCAAUAGGUUUAUUGAGCAAAACAACUAGUUUGCACGCGCAUCACGCUUUUUUGUACAUUUCUUUGCCGUUACUGCACGACUACGACGUGAAAAUGCCUAGUUUCACGUUUUAUGGAGGACGUAAAACAAGCGACGUCAAACUUUUCUUUCUCUUUCUAAACUUGAGUGCGGUCCCAAAGAAAUCAAAUCCAGGGAAAUUGGCCUAUGUUAGCUAUUUUCUGCGAAUUGAAAUAAACGCGACAAAGUUGGGAAAAAAAGCCAAUUCAUUUUAAAAGUGACGUUUUCGCUGCCGUUACCUUUGCCGAUGCUAAAAGUCCCUAGUUUUAACCUUUGUGUCGGCUUUGUGUUGAACAUGUCGAAGAAGUGGCCAAGGAAUCUGCACUCUUUGUUCACGAUGAAAGACCUGAGCAGAUCUCUGUUGACAUAACAAGUUGAGGCUUCAUCCGAGCGUUAAAUCUCGCUGAUGCUGAGAAGGGGCUCCAUGACUGCUUGCGACUUCCCCGGCUACUAAAAACAAAUACCCGGCAACUUGAAAUCUUAGUGACAACCCUGCAUAAUGGCUCUUGAUCACGGUAGAUUAGGCCUGGAAAACAAAUCAGGGCGAAUUUUUUGCGUUCGACAAGCUUCCUUUACAAAAUCUUGCUAAUAAAUCUGUGGGCGUGUAAACCAACCUUUUAUACUUUUUAAACAUCACAUCUGAGGUAAAAGAGUACUAUGAGGCGCUGUUUGUAUCAUACAGACCUCGGAAAGACUGCAAUAUUUCACAAUUUUGGAAUACGAAUUGCACUCAUUCAAUAUUCAGGACGAUCGAAGCACGAUUGGGCUUUUAGCGUAAAAUCACCUAUACGGCCAGCCGGUUGUUACCUGUGGAGGGUUUGAAUGAACAUUAAUAGAUUUACGCUUCAACAUUAUAAAGAAUUAUCAUGUUUCUUUUUAUUUAGUGGUCUUACAACGAUGUUUAAUCUUCAAAAGCGUUUGAUACGCGCGGCAUUUUGAGUACUCGUACAAGCGAUGUUCAUGAACGACUGAAAACAAACGGCACCUCGAUUAAAAUUGCAAGAGAGACUACUUACAACCAAGAAAAGAAAUAUAAUUCGGGGAGACGUAUACAGAGAACAAUUUUCACGAAGACAAGUCUUCAAACUUAAAGCUUAAGUUUAUGUUUUAAGCCGGCUUCCCAGUGUUUGCUUUUUUCAAAGAUGAACUCGAGGCAAUAAAAUCGCUCAAAGCUUUCUUUCACAGCCAGAAUUAAAACAAAAUAUUCUUUGGAACGUUUUCUUUCUUUUUGCAGUGGGAAAAUGUCUAAAGGUCUUUUAAAGUUCUGUAAGCUUAUAUCAAACCUGAUACUCGGUCAGAUCCGAUUGUCUCAAAUCUUACAAACGUGCAUAAACUAAAUAGCCGCAUAAACUACGCUCGACUUCGUUAAAUUAGACAUAAAGAAACAAACAUCAAAUGCAAUAAUUACUCAGGCUUACCAUUCAAGAUGCAGCUUCUGGAAGCUAUCAAGUAAGGUUAGAAUCGCUUCAGACUUUUCAACCCUCUUAUGCAUCAAGCAAGUUGAAAAACGAAAACGAUGCCAUCCGAAAUCGGAUUUCCGACUUUGACAAGUGAAGUAUUUCUAAACCAAAAACCCAAUAAACAAACUAGCCAUGAAUAACAGAAGACUCUUGAUAGCAGCUGAAUUUCAUUUUGUACAUCCAGUAGAAAAAGACAGUUAAAAGCAUCACAAGUUGACACAAAACUUUGUCAGCUUCAGCUGUCAAAGUAAACAAGUUUCAAGAUGCUGCAUAAAUUUCCGCAUGAACUCACCUGUCAAAUUUUGACCAAUCAGAGCAUAAAAAUUUGGACGUAGAGAGUGACCAUGGUAAGAAAAGUCAAAAGCAACUGUCUUCCCUGCCUGUAAUAGCUUGCUGAAUUUUCGCGUCCGAGGUCAGUUUGAAAUCAAAAUUUAAAUUGUGCGGCUCGCAAACACAACAUAUUUCAUGAAUUUAAAAAAAAAAAAAAACUUGAGCCAGCGAUCAUUUGAAAACUGGUAACUUGUCAGCGGAUAACUCCUAAAAUAUUCCACCUCGAUAAGUGGACACCUGAGCCCACGAUACGGUCAGGUGAUACUGGUCAGCGGAUACACUGUUUUGACAGCUGUCAAUUGACCGCAACAUUGAUGUGCAAUAUGUGUGCAAUAUCAGUUUUCCUGUGCUCCCAAACUACCUAGAAAGUGUGAGAUUAAAUAUUGGUUUCCCUGUUGUGCGGACGGACGGUCGGGCGUAUAGUUACGUGAUUACCAAAUUUUCUCGGAUGGGUAGAUUACCACAUUUCCUUAGCUAUGGGGCUCCGUCCACGCGCUCGAGAAGCGCGCGCUUCGAGCUCCGCUAUCAUCCGGAUGGACUCCACUCUUCGGCCUAAGAUUUCUCAGAGCGUAGGGCCUUCUGUUGGCUUUCUGGAUAACACAAUAGCAGUGAACCACCCGUGAUAGAUCUUUGGUAACACCGAGCAACUUAAAUUAAUCGAAGGACUCAAUGUACGUGCCGCCAGUGCCAAUGGGCUGCCACACGCAACUGUUAUCGCUAAGAAAGUCAAAACUGUAAGUUCUUUCCAUUUUUUGGGAUUAUAGCUUUAUCAUGUUCGUCAGAACGCAUCCUAAUCUGGUGUUCCUAUGGCACUAAGGCAGAAGUUUUUGAGCAAUCACGGGCGACUGUAAAUUAGGCAUCUCUUUCGCAGCAAAUUGGACUCCUUUAGACUCGUUUUCGUGCAGAUGUCAUGCUCAUGCGUGGUCACGUUCUUCGGCUUUGACCUCUUUCUUCAUCGCUUGCGUAUUUCGCGGACGUGGAGUGUGUACAUGGUAUAUAAGUUAAGUAUCCUGUAAGACGUAACGUUUUUCAGGUGUCUUCUAGGUUGUAUCAAUCCAAGUGUUGGUGUUGGUAAAAUGUGUGUACGACUCGGCCUGAUUUCAUUAUAAGCUUUUCAAGGCUGUUAUUCUUCGCUGACUGGCAACUGUUUUUGUCACGUUGUGUUCGCUGUGAAGAAUCGCGAAGCUUUUGUACCAUAUCAAACAAUUAUAAGCUUUUCAAGACCGUUGUUCUUCGCUGCCUGACAAUUGUUUAUUUCACGUUGCAUUCGUUGUAAAGAAUUGCGAAGCGUUUGUACCAUAUCAAACAAAAUUUUAUAACCCACGGAGUUGUUGUGCUCGGCGAUGCCUUAUCAAAAGGAAAGAGCUCUUUUCCAAUUAAACUUAUCGAGGUGUGUAGCUCGGCGGCUGUUAUGUCAGGUUGUUAUGAUAACUAAAUAUAAUAGUAUUAAAAAAGAAUUUUUUUCUCUUUACCAAGCGAAACUUUUCAAUUCUAUACAGCUAUUUCGAGAAAGGUUGUCGGAAAAAGUCACGUGACAAUCCCGAAAGGUAUAGCUGUGGGUGGUUUUGAGUUUACUGUUCUUUAAAGAAAUUUUGAAAGAAUGGCACGAGAGGCCAUGGACGUAUGUUUGCGAGUGCUAAAGGAAAGCAACAAAAGUAGGUUCGACAGCUACAGCGUCAGGAACAGUGUAUUGAUAAUAUCCCAUACCUUUCGGGAUUGUCGCGUGCACAUUUUUUCCGACAACCUUUCUCGAAAUAGCUGUAUACUGUGCACAUGUAAACAGUUCAGGUUCAUUGCGCAAGCAGUUAAAGCACUCUCUCUGUUAUUCAUCAUUUGAUUGACAUUGUUAAAGCUGAAGCAAUUUGUUUUUUCAAAUCUUGUUUAAUAAAAUUCACUGGUUCCUCUUCCCAAAGUUAUUGCUAUGUUAAGAGCUAGUGGACUAAUUGCAAAUCCUGUAUUUUCAUUGGCUUCACUACUACAAGACUAUUAAAAUCAGUCCUCUAGCAGUGAAAAAAACACAAUCGAUCAAGGCGCGUUUCUUUCCCUCCAAAAAAUGUUUCAACUACUAUUUAAUAACAUUAUUAUUACCUUUUUGUCUGACUAAUUGGGUAAUAGUGAAUUAGACCCGUUGCCCUCAAGGAAAACAGCUGACCUACCACAAAGUAAAUGGCAAUAGGCUACAUCUGAAGGAUACUCGCAACAAAAACACCCCCUUCAAAAAAUUUAAUUAUCUAAUUAUCUCUUGCAAGUUAGAGAGGAAUGCUUUGAAGUAUGUUGGUCAUAAGAACAAUUUUAUAGCCAAGUUUUCCAUAUCAUACGGGUGCUAUCGGCCUGAAAAUGGUUGUAGCUGUUGUAAACUCGAGGAAAGUUAAGUUUUACGUUAAAAAUUUUCGAUUCUUCUUUGCCGUUGCCGCGGCAUAAAGAGAGGGUUACCGAUUGAUUCAGUACAGCAAACGUAAGCCGGAAAGCCGUCAGCUUAAUGGGUUUGGAAAUCAUAUUAUGAGAUGAAGAGGUAUACAAAUCAAUUUUGAUAUCUCCAGAGAAUACAAGACUUUCACUUAUCGAGAAUUUUUAAGGCGCCGGUGGCAGGAAAGCAAACGCCGAGUUCUCAUGCAAACCAGUCAGUGCACUUAACGGCCGUGAACUGAAACCAGUUCACACUGCACAAAACAGGGUGAAAAUCAAGCGGGUAGAAUGAGCUAUCCUCACAAAAAUUUGUCGUGAAAGAACAAUAAUAAACAAACCUCGAUCCUUUAUUUACCUUUCCAAAACAAGUAGCAUAUGCCUGAAUACAUAUUACUUUCUCGAGUUUUAGCUCAUAUUCAGUUGUUCCGUGGACCAAAGAUGAAGAUAUAUAAUACAUUAGCCCUACCCUGGUGAGGAGUUCAUUGUCACAGGUAGUCACAUGACCAGCUGCAACCAGGGUUCUUUCUCGAAGCAAUAGUCCAGUCAAUUUAGGCAUUUUGGAGGCUCAAGAUCAAACUAAUUGCAACAGAAUUGUUUUCAAGUCAUUUAAGUAAGGGUGGCCUAUGUAGCAACAUACUAAAAAUCCGCCAAAAUCCGUUCUGCGGAACAUGUCAAAAUUAAGCGUUAAACAUUUUGAGCUUUUGACACAGGGCACCCACGUUUUAUUAUACGGUUAAACAAAAUAUACUUUUAUGGAAAAGUGCAAGAAGAAAGAAUAACUGGUACCUAGUUUUCGCUGAUAAAAGCGAAGUGUUUCUUUUUUCAAAAGGAAUAAAUAUUAACCAUGGUUGGCUUUUGCACAGGAAGCCCAUGUCCCACUCAAGGAACCCUAAAACAACAGGAGGCUUUCAAAGUAAUAGAGUGAACUGUUGGCUGUAAAACUACGACAAAUUUAGUCGUAAGGCUUUGAAUCUGAAAAAUGAAAGCCGUUGCUUAAUCAUUAGCUUUUAAAAGAUAUCCUUUUUUAUCAGAUUUCUGUUAGCGUCAAGGGUAAGAAAAAUAUAUAUCAGAGCUGGAUUUUUGAAUAACGUUACAGCCAAAACAGAGCUCUCCCCUCAAACAGUUUUUUUCUUUCAACAACUAUCUGCAAAGCUUGAAGUCAACAUAAAGACUAAGAGUACAGCCAUUGUUCUUCUUUCUUCUCGUUUCUUUCUCCUCGCUCUUUCUAUUUUUCCUUUCCUUGUUCUUUUCUAAGAGGAUUUUUGGGCUCAUUUUCCCUUCGGCUUUUGGUCUUUUUCUCAGUGAAAAGACUGCAAUUUUCGUUCGGUACGUUUUCAAAAAUCCAGCAAGAUAAUGUUUUGGCUUUUACGGUUACCUAUACAUUAAUUUUUGUUAACGUACCAACAUCCUCAAAUAUACAAGUUUCACUUUUUCGAAGCUUUUCAUUUUCUUCGUGUUAAAAGUGAAUUGGAGAGGAGGGGAGGAUAGUUUUACUAAUUCUUUACGACGCACAACAAUGCAGAGUUUUUGAACAGGUUAAGCUCCAGUGCCUAUGAAUUUGAUGAGAGGGAAAUGUCUUUUCAUUAAAGGAAAAGUGUUUUUACCUUCGCAAAGGUUAACGGAACAUUCAUCGCAUAAGAACUUUGGUUCUAGCAAACGUUUGUUUCAAGAAAACGAAAUAGUGUAAUAGGGAAGCUGGUUUUUAAGGGAAAGAUUAAGAGUGUAAGAGUCUCUGGAGUAAUGGAAAUUCCCCACGGAGAGCAUAAUUCAAACAACUCAGUCAGAAGGUUAACUUGCAGUAAGUUGAAGUGUUACACAACGCUCAUCCGAAGAGAAAUAUGGGUUCCGCAAAAAGAGGUGACACAUCAGAAGCUAAGUCAGGCAAGCCCAUUAUUAAUGUCGUACAUAUGUACUUUACUUUCGCGCCUUCACUGACCACUGCAAUUAUUUUCAGAUGUUUAGGAUCCCAUGAUUGUCAUAGAAAAAAGAGGUCUUCAUUUGCUAAUGGACGAAAAAAAAAAACUGGUCGAGGUUCAGGGUUGUUCUCACAAAAGAAAUGCAAGGAGGGAAUAUAAAUGCCUUUAGACCACAAGCAAUUAAUCUUAUUCAUCUUACCAAGAAAUAAAGAGCUGCCGCAGAAAAUACAAAUUAAACACACAGAUACACCAAACUAAAUCUGAGCCUCGCUACAAGAAGAAGAUAAAACAAGAACAAUCACACUGCGUUGGUUUUCUGGUUUUCCUUUAGAACAGAUUCGGCCAGGUGUAAUGAAAAGCGCAGAGAGUUAUGAUCUAGCAAAAACCAAAUAGACAGAGUCCUAAGCAGAAUAUUUAUUCACUUACAUUGGAAGGUACGGAGUCAUAAUCCUAAACGAGGUUGCGCAUGUCGUGAAAAAAAAAAAAGAAUCCCUGAUUUCGAUCACCCAUAUUGUGUGCAAGGUUUGAACAUAACUACCUCACAAAACUCGAUUUCAGAAAAUGGGAAUAGGUUAAACAGUUUGUAUUGAGAUACAAAGCUAUCGUCCGAUGCACACAUUUAGUUCCACGUAUCCUGCAGCAUGCAUGCAAAUUUAGUAGCUGACUGAAGGUGAACAAAAUAUCAAAUCAAACUGUUCACCAUCAGUCAGCUACUAAAUUUGAUUCCGUGCUGCAGGAUAUAAAAAAAUUACAAGCCUGUAAAACUAAAAAUACUUUUUGCAUUUUAUUGCGCAAAAAUAAAAUAAAAUUACUAAUAUUUUUAAUCAUGUCAACACAGACUGACUAAUGAUUUCCCUUUUAAAUACCGUCAUUGACUAUUUUCCAAUUGCCCAUAAUACACUCUGUUUGCCCCCCAAAUUUUGCAUAACUUAUUGUCUUAAAAUGCUCUUGGGAAAAUGCAAUACUACCAGGAGCAUUUAAAAACAAUGGUUUAUGCAAAAUUUGAGGGGCAAACAGAGUGUAUUAUGGGCAAUUGGAAAAUAGAGAAUAGAAAAAAAAAAUUACAGCUUUAACCGCCGCCUGGUUAGCUCAGUUGGGAGAGCGCCGGUCUGCUGAGCGGGAGGUCGCGGGUUCAAACCCCGCCCGGACAAACACUUAGGGUCUUUAAAUAACUAAGAAGAAAGUGCUGCCUUUGUAAUGACAUCUGCAAAUGGUUAGACUUUCUAGUCUUCUCGGAUAAGGACGAAAAACCGUAGGUCCCGUCUCACAGCACUUUCACUGAUCUUUUCUUGUGGGACGUAAAAGAACCCACACUACUGAGAGUAGUGGAGAGUAGGGGACGUAGACCCCGGUGGUGUGGCCAACCUAUACGGGUUAUGGGAUUGGGUAGGGAUGGCACCUUGCAUGGGACCUAUGAGUCCCGUUCGUGCCUAUUUCCUCUGGGCAGGCCUGUGUCCAGAAAAGAUUGUAAAACCAAAAAAAAAAAACUAAAAAAACUAAACGAAUGGCUGGGUAACCUGUGCAAGGCCGUAAAGACGAAACACUGACCCAGGUGUUUCUCACCAUUUAGUCGGCGUUUUUAAACCAAAACUACCCAAAAUACAUUAGCGUUGUUGUAUCGAAAAUUCUUGAGGGAAAAAAAAAAUUAUCAAAUGUUUUAUCUGAAUUUGUGAUCUUCCUGCAGUUGGGUGUCCUGUGGUGAAGGUUGAAAAUCUUUAUUGCCAAUUUUUUCAUGUUUCACCGAACCGAUUUUGGCGGAUUUUUAGUAUGUUGUUACAAAGCCAUUCAACAAUAACAUGGCGUUGAAAAAAAAUUCUGUUGCAAUUAGUUUGAAGCUAAACCACAAUUUGACUGGACUACAAGAGAGAGAACUCUAGGAACGAGGUUGUCAAAAGAAUCAUGGCAGAAAGCACAUAACAACAUUCUAAAUCCUCCGAAAACUGCAAACAUUCACUCGCUAGAUGUUCUAGAGAUUUGCAUUUUCAGGCUCACAUAAAUAACUUUCUUGGUAGCUUACCGGCGAAUGAAAAGCACUACUUUUAAACUCCCAACUCCCACAGGAUUGUUUGGAACACCAAUAUGGCCGCCGUUUCAUUGUUUUGGAACACCAAUGAGGCCGCCGUGACGUCAUGUGAAUACGCUCUAUAUUGGGCUCACCGCUUUCUUUUGUCCUUUAUCUCAAGUCGACUUCCCCAAGCUUUGAUUUUAUCGCAAACUUACUUUGACGCUCUUUAUUUUGAUUGUAUUCCAGCACGUGCCGGCUGAGUCGGCUCGUAGUGCUUUAAAUUGUUAGGCCGUAUUAAAGUUUGUUUCUUUUGGACCUACCUGAACUUGACCGAUCCUUACUUAUCUCCCCGGUGCCGGAGAGAUAAGUAAGGCUUUUGGUCACGCUAUGGAAGUCGUCCGCCACGCCGAUCGCGGAGCGGUGGUCUCUCUUUGCACCAUAUGUUUUGUUGUCAUGUUUUUAUUAGACGUUAAUUUCAAGCCAAAAGAACUGCGGCAUUAAAUACAAUUUGAUGGCCGUUCUUUUCUUUUGCAUAUAGCUGCUCAUAAACCAUGGUCCUAUUGCAUCAUACAGUGAACUAGUACAGAUUUUGUUACUGACAAAAAAGAGUAUGGUAUACAUGUACCAGUAGUAAACUUUACACAUGGAGACACAAAGCGCAGUAAGGUUAUAACUGAUUUGGUGUCUACAUGUAUUUUUGUUAAUGUAAUUCUUAGGCGAGAACCCAGGAGGCGGAGGCAUUGAAGGCACAGAUGUCUGAUCUCAAGAAAAGAUAUGAGGAUGGAAUAAAGGUGCUUUUAGGUUUUGAAUUUAUAGGUCUAGGCCAGGUUAUUCUAAGCAGGGUUGGGUUUACUGGGGGUGGGGGGGGGGAUUUAGGAAUUUAGGACUGGGGAUACAAUGUGUUGCUGGGACCCUGAAAUACUUAGCCUAUACCAGACCUAGAACAGUUGAAUUUUUCUACCGUACACUAGACUACUGGAUUCUUAAAAUCCAUCCCUAUCUUAUCCCUCAUUUAAAUCUUCAAUGGUCAAUUGAUCAGUAUCCUGGAAAAGGAUACCCUAUUCUAGACCCAAACUCUGUAAUUUCUAUAGGCUAUCCUAGAUUAAACUGCUUCAAAGUCAUACCCUUCACAACAUCACAAACCCAUAUAGUCCAUAUAAAGCAGUUCCGCCCAACCACCCCCCCCCCCUCACUUAAUCCAACGUUUCCUCAUUCGAUCAAUGGAAAAAAAGACCCUAGUGAUAAUCCGAUCUCUGUAAAUUAUAAAGGAUUUCCUUGAUUAAACUUCCUCAAAGGUAGUCCCCUCACAACAACACAAACCCCUUAUAUCCCUAAAAAGCAGUUUCGCCCAACCUCCCCCCCCCCCUAAGUUAAACUAAGGAUAGUGAGAGAUUUGAAUCCAAAUCUGAAUUCAGGUGCAUGCUUUUUGCCCACAAUUUUAUUACAACGACUAGUUAAAAUUCUCUCUAGAAAAUGAAUCUGGAUUAAAUUGCAAACGAAGCCUAGAGAUGUUAGAACUGUCAGUCAUACUAAGGUCAAUUCAAUUUCUUUUGACUCCACAUAAUGUUAUAUCUCUCUGAUUUCGUCAAAACGUGGCCACUAGGUUUUUGCCCGGCACCGGGCGGAGCCCGGCUCCAGGCCAGUGCAGCGUCCUAAAAAGCACGGGGCUUAGCGUCUUGGUCGGCACAGCUGGGUGGAUCAGGCCUGGGGGGGGCAAAACUAGUGGGGUAGAGAGGGGCCUGUUUAGACACAACCCCUUCAGUAAACAGCAAUGUUCUCUAGAGGCUUUGACUGGCAAGUAUCUUGUUCUCACUUUGCCCUAGCCAGCUGAAUCAGGGCUCUGCUGAGAAUAAUUAUCAUGAUAAUUGCAUAGUUCAGUGGGAGGCGCAGACAGAUACCCAUUGUCCUUGGUGGGGAGGGUCAAAGUCUUGGUACCAAGGACACACUUAGCAUAGGACCUGUAGACACUCACUGCAGCCAUGUGUACAUAAAUUCAGUCAAAUAUAGUUAGUUUGUUUGCGAUACCAUAUUUAUCCAAAGUAAGUAAUUUUUGAACGUUUGCUUAUCCACCCUUAAGUGUUAUUAAGAUUUAAGUGUUUUGGUUACAGGCUCAAGUUAAUUACAUCUCACAGCUUCAAGCAAAGUUUGAUCACCUUCAGCGAUAUGCUGUUACGACUGAGGAGGUAAAUAUAUGCAUCAAAAUACUCAGUAGAGCAAAAAGUUCUUCAAAUGGCUAGUACUUUGCUCCAUACCGCUUUUCUCCAUGCAUGGUUUUCAGCAAUUUACCAUUAUUUUUGUUACAGUUACUGUUCAUCGUCUUCAUUUUCAGAAAUACUUCUUGUCUCUUGUUAUUGGUGUAAAACUCAACAUGGCAGUGUGUGGCUACAGGGUUGGACGCACGAAUCACCUGAAGCCUGAGGUAAUACGCAACAGUACCAAUGUGUAUGAUUUACGUGAGCUCUAAAUGUUAUAAAUGGCUGUAUUACCUCUAAUUUUAAUUAAUGGUGCUUUAAAAAGUGGUUUUAUUGCAUCAAGGUACGUUCUGGGUUUGGGAAUGAAAAUACUAUGAAGAAAAAUGCCAGUUGAAGUUGAUGUUCAUGAUAUUAACUGAGUGCUGUUGUCCUAAGUGGGAUCAGUCAUUGUCACUUAAAAGCGAUUUUUUGUUUUUUGAUUACUGUCACCUAUGUAAUCUACUUAUGACCUGGCCAAGGCUCAAACUACUUGCUAUUAAAUUUAUAUUUAUUUUGAAAUUAUUUCGGUCUUUCAGUCUUCCUUUUUAAAAAAGCAGUAUUUUACUUGAUCUCCUGAAAUUUCUGUUCUGCCGACAGGGCUGUCAUUGAAUGCCGGGGAUUUCACGCAGUAACCUUGAACACGAUCCCCGGCUAAUUUCAAAUAGAAAAAUAGAGGAAAUAGAGAACCAAAAGAAGUCAAUAGAUGUUUGAUUCCAUGUCUACUCUGUUUAUUUACCCGGCAAACUGAAUUCCUAGUGACAGCACUGUGCUGAUCAUGAAUAAAUGUUCUUAUAUUAAAGCAUCGUCGAAAACAAUAUAUACUACAGUAGAUUUUGUUAUAUUUGAAUGCUGAACAAUGAUUUUUUUUUUUUGACAGAAACUCUUAGAACGAGUUCGAAAUCAUGGGAUCUCAAUAGAACAUUGGCCCAGUUGGUUGUCAAGGGAACUAUCAACAGGAUCAGCGACACCUGAACACGAGGAUGAGGGUGAUAUUGAUUAA